ACUAAGCAAUAGGAAUAGCUGGGGUCAUAACCGUAAGAAGAUUAUAACAAAGGCCUAUACCAAUCAUUGGCAUAGAAACAUCUGCAACAACGAAGAUCCAGUGAAUGGGUUUACGUAAACCCACGUUCAGGUAAACGUAUCUUUUACCGUAUGUGGCGAUAGGCUUUCCGUUUGCCGCCUGUAGAUUUAAAACCGAUUCGUGUACUUGGUCGUUAAAAUUUACAGGAAGAACGCACCUAAACUACCCAAAUACAGAAUCCAAGGGGUAAACAGUUCACAAAUUCUGUCAAGCAAAGUUGGAGCGUUGGAACCAUCAUAUUGGAAAAAUGACUAAGAUCACGCAACAAAAUAAAGGCAAAAUAAAAACGCGAGCUGUCUGAUUUUUCAAAUACGAAUCGAUUGCUCAUUAGAAAUGACCAAAUAAUUGAUGUCUAGCAUCCGUCAUAAAUAAAUUAAUACGCAACUGCCGCUUAAUUCUACUAACAGCGCGUGUUUGAAGAUGUGCAUUUGUCACUGAGCAGCUCUUCAGUUUUCCCUCUUGUAGUGGAUGGCAGAGAUUGACUUUUUAUCUGCUGAACUUGAAAAUGAUGAUGAGUGUAGAGACGAUGAAGCAGAAAGAUCCAACCUAUCGUCUCCGGAGAAAAAUAAUACCAAGUCUUCAGAUCAAUCGUCAAAGGAAUGGAUCUGUUCGGAGAAAAAAGAAGAGAUAACGACUCAAGAAACUGUCGAGAUUUGUCAGAAGACUGUCAAUCCGAAUAAUCGUGUUAAUGCUGAAAACUUCAAAAUUCAACGUGUCAUUGGCAAAGGAGGCUACGGAAAGGUUCGUGGAGCUUCUCUGCCUUAGUGUGCAGGUUUUUCUAGUUCAGAAGGUUGAUGGCAUUGAUCAAGGAAAACUCUAUGCCAUGAAGGUUUUAAAGAAGGCCAGACUAGUGUGCAAUGAAAAGGAUAAGGCACACACUGUUUCUGAAAGGAAUAUCCUUGAAAUGUUACAGCACCCUUUCCUGGUGAAACUUCAUUAUGCUUUUCAAAAUCACUCCAACUUGUACAUUGUGCUAGAAUAUUGCCACGGAGGAGAACUGUUUAACUACUUGGAACGUGAAGGAGCUUUGUUAGAAAAUGCUGCGUGUUUUUACGCUUCUGAAAUUGUUCUAGCUAUUGGGCAUCUGCAUUCGUUGGGUAUAAUAUACAGGGAUUUAAAGUCUGAAAAUGUGCUGUUGGACCGCCAGGGUCACGUAAAGCUUACUGACUUUGGGCUUUCAAAAGAGGGUGUGUGCACUACCAAUACAUUCUGCGGAACGAUUGAGUAUAUGGCCCCUGAAAUAAUCCGAUGUGAAGGUCAUGGAAAAGCAGUAGACUGGUGGAGUCUUGGGACUUUAAUCUACGAUAUGCUAUCUGGCGCGCCACCAUUUAGCCAGGAGGAAAGUCGUGAAGCUACCACACGAAAAAUACUCACAGCUCCUUUAAAAUUUCCACCAUCAUUCUCAUCAGAAGUUACCAGUCUCAUACGUGGCUUGUUGAAACGUGACCCAAAUGAAAGACUAGGAAGCAAAGAAGAUAUGGAGGAAAUUAAACGGCACAAAUUUUUCAAAAGACAUGAAAUAAAUUGGUCUGAUGUCUAUAACCGACGUUUGAAACCACCUUUCCGUCCUAAACUAACUGCUGAGAAUGAUGUGUCGAUGUUUGACCCAUCGUUUACCCGUUUACAACCAGUUGUUAGUCCUGUCGAUGGUGGUGCAUCCAUUCCUCCGGAUAUGUUCCAAGGCUUUUCGUAUGUGGCACCGAGUGUCUGUGAGGAUAGUUUACGAGAUAAUUGGACAGAUAACUUACCAAGUCGUCAUCGAAGACAUGGUUUACGUGGCACUAUGUCUGCUGGACGUUUAAGACGUAUUGGUUUCGGUCAUUUGACUGCACCUAAUCGAAUUCCUGAAGAUAUUGUCGUACAUAAUAUUCCAUUACAGAUUCAACCGGAAUUGAAUGAUUUCCAUGAUUUUAGUGCAGACUAUCGACAAAAGCCUGUGAUGCAUCAAUCGUCUAAUCAUGUAUCAACUCAAGGGAUCGCAAACGAUAAACGUACUGCUCACUUACCUAAUCAUCAUUAUCAACAACAAUGCUAUUCAAACGAUACACAACAGCUGCACAAAAUUUCAGGAAAAUCAACUCAGAUAAUCACGUCCAAUGGUACUACAAAUAGUAAUAAUGCUGUAAAAAAAGAAAAAGAAGCGGAUGAGCAGGAAGACGAUGACGAUGACGAUGAUGAAAUAGCUGCAGAAGAAGAAGAUAAUGUUCCAGGAGCAAAACAAAUACAACCAACAAGUGCUCCAAAAUAUUUGCCACUUUGUAAAUAUGAAUCUAAAAGCAAUGAUAUAGUGACUAAUAUCAACACUAACAGUAUUUAUUCAACCACAAAACCAUCCAGUAAGAAUUCUACAAAAUUUGCACCCUUCAGUGGUUCACUUCAAUGUCAUCCAGAGUUGCAUGCAAAUACAAAAAUGAUCAAUUCACGUUUAAUGUAUAGUUGUCAAACUGGAUCAUUUCCACAUAAUAAAUCAGGACAUGCUACAACAUCACAUCUUCCCUCAAUACAAAAUGGACCACGUAUCACUUCACCUUUACAACGUCGUGGUGUAAAUUGUGCAACAACGUUGCAUUCAGAUGUAUCUAAUACUAUUCCCAUUACUCCUACUACUGUAGCAACAAGUACAAAUACUUCAACAAAUGCUAAAUGUAGUAUUAUGUAAUAUUGUACAGUAUCUUGCUCAUUCAUAUAAUACUGUGAUUCUUAUGUAAAAUAUCAAAAUAGAUUCAUAUUCUUUAAAGCUCUCAUUUCAUCAAACUCACAUUAAUUCAUCAUCUAUUAACAAUGAACAUCUAUUUACUUUAAUGAAAGAUGAAUUCCACUCUCAAGCUCCGUUGUCUAAAAACAUAUCUAUAUCGUUUAUCUUCAUAAUUUCUUGAUUUCUUUUGUUUUUCUAAUCUGGAAAAUUAAUAUAUCAUAUAUUCUCAUAUUUGUAAUAGUUUAUAAUGAUGUUGGGAUCCAUGAGAUGAUAGUAACCGAUGGUUAGAGAUCUUGAAUGUAACAUGGUUCAAAAUCGUUUGUAAUGACUCAGGCGCAUCCAAUCUUUGUGUUCUCCCAAAUUUUAAUCAUCUGAAUUCUUUAUAUUCCUUUCUUUUUUUUCUCUUUCCAAAUUUAUUUCACUGGAUCAUACUCCUUGAAUAACAUCAUCAAACCCUGAUUUUUCCGAUAACUGCUUAUACUCUUACUACCUCUACCACUAUGGGAUUUGAAUCGACAAUUGUCUCUCUAUGCUAAUGUUGUAAGGCAACCUGAACUGAUGUACGAACGUACGAAGUUCUACGUUGUUACUAACUAAUUGAUAAUGAUGUGUUUUGGAUGAGUUCUAGUACUGUUUACUUCUUUUCAAAACAUGAAGUAAAACAUACAUGUUAUAAGUUCAUACACAAAUGAUUUUUAUAUAUCUUCCUCCCUCCCUCCUCCUCUCUCUCUUUCUACACAUAUAUACGCACAUACAGCUCGUUUACACAUGUAUAUAAAUCAUCAAUAUGUCAAAUAUUCAUCUAUCACUCUAAACAUUCCUAACAUUUUAUACCAACAUUAUCAUUCCUUCACAUUGUUUAUAUUUCUGUAUUAGCACUAUUUUUUUCUUUGUUGUUCAUAUCUCAGUUGUCCAUUGGUUAACUACUUUAUAUCCUAUUGGUUGACUAAUUAUACCAUAUACUUUAUAUCAUCAUUGCUGCUCCCUCUUUUUCUUCGGUUCAUAUAUAAAAAUAAUUUUGUGCACAUCAUUUAUUCUGAUAUGAUUAUAGUAGCCAUAUAUAGAGUAUAUCAGUAAUAUUCUUGUAUUCUUGUAUUCAAACUUCAGGACAAUUUUGUCUUCAAAACACUGUUCAUCUUGUUUUCAUCAAUUGUUUUCCUCUCUUCUUAAGUGGAAGGUGUGAGCUGGGUAAAUAUUAAGUGAGCAGUCUGCCCAAAUGUACAUUACAUAAUUUUGUUUUUUUUUUAAUAUAGGAAUUGACUAGACAGUUAUAUUUAUCUUUGUUAUAUAUACGGUCUCUCUUUGCAAUUGAUUUAUUUCUGGGUGGUAAUCAAUAUCAUGUAUAUCAGAUCCUUUUUAGUGCAGAUCGAAUCCUAUCAACCAAGUUGAAAUGUGGCCACUAGUCUAGGUGACUCGACAUUACAUGCAAUAUGUUGAGGUAGUCGACAGGAUGCUACUUGACACUCGUCAACAAGGUGUAUCUAUAAUCUUGAUGGAACUGAUGCACCCUGGCGGAUGAGAUUCCGUGUCACCCAGAGACGUUACCACUGGGUUAUCUGGUCCGCGACUGAUCUGUAAGACUGAGAUGACGGUGAUCACCACCAAGUGAUCAGUCAAUUAUAAAUACACGGAAUCAAAUCCGUCAGGGAGCAUCAAUCCCCUUCAAGAUUAUAGGUACACCUUGUUGACGAGUGCCAAGUAGCACGAAACCUUGGUUCAGGGUUUCCUGUUUACUACCUCCAAUCACCAUCUUAUUCUCUACUAAAUUAUUCAUCAAAUAGUGUGUAUGUUGUAAGAUUUUCACAAUAUAUAAUAUAACUGA